AUGAAUGCAAAGAGGUAUACGGAGCGAGCACAGAACGCUUUAAGGGGGUGUCUGGAGGAGGCAAUUGCAAAUAGCAACAAUGUUGUUGAGCCCGAGCAUCUCCUGAAGGUAAUACUGAACGAUCAGACAUCUGUGUUGUACAGUGUGUUGAACCCUACUGAGAGGAACGACAUUAAAAAUGCACUUAUAAAAAAGAUAGGAGGCUUUGCAAAGCAGUACAACUGUACGGAGCCACGGGUUGGGGAAGCACUUGCAAGGGUUCUAGCGGCAGCCGAGAAGGGGGGAGAUGGAUAUGUCUCUGUAAAUGCAUUGGUGCUUCAGCUUCUUUCAGUCAAAAGUAUCAAGGAGCUGCUCAUCAAUUCCGAAGACAUAAAGAAGAGAGUUGAGGAGCAGACGAAGAACAAAAGAUUUGAUUCCCGAAAUUCCGACGAUGCGACAAAUGCAAUGUCGAAAUUUGCUGUUGAUAUGGUUGAGCAAGCACGGCAGAAUGUUUUUGAUCCUGUGAUUGGAAGAGAUGAGGAGAUAAGACAGGUCAUUGAGAUCCUGUCGAAAAAGACAAAGAGCAAUGCAAUACUGGUUGGAAAGCCGGGGGUUGGAAAGACAGCCAUAGUGAAUGGGAUCGCACAGCUGAUAGCGAACGGCGAGGCACCCACUCUCCAGAAUGCAAGGAUCUACAAUGUGGAUGUUGGGUCGAUGGUUGCAGGAACAGCACACAGAGGAGAUUUUGAGGAGAGAUUGAAGAGUCUAGUCAAGGAGGCUGAAACAACGCCAGGGGUGAUUCUGUUUAUUGACGAGAUCCACAUUGUGUUGGGAGCCGGGAAGACUGAUGGGGCAAUGGAUGCAGCAAACAUGCUCAAGCCUGGGCUUGCAGCCGGGACGAUCAAAUGCAUUGGGGCAACAACACAUGAUGAGUACAGAAAGUAUGUUGAAAAGGAUCCUGCAUUUGAGAGAAGAUUUGUGCAGGUUGUUGUGAAUGAGCCAUCGAUCGAGGACUCGAUUACGAUGCUGCGGGGGCUUAGAGAAAGAUUGGAGGCAUAUCAUGGAGUUAAGAUAGCUGACAAUGCUCUUGUGUAUGCAGCAAACUCAUCGAAGAAAUACAUUUCGAACAGAAGACUUCCCGAUGUAGCAAUUGACUUGGUGGACACGGCAUGUGCCAGUGCAGUGAUAGCACUAGAAAGCGAGCCGCAAGAGAUUCUGAAUGCAAGGUCGAAGGCAUGGUCUUUGGAGCUUGAAAAGGCAAGCUUAGAAAUUGAUCUUGCAAGGGAAAAGGACGAGCAUACAAUGAAGAGGCUGGAGAACGUGGUUGAAAAGAUAGAAGAGGUAAAGAGAAGUAUAGAGCCGAUGGAAGAGGCAUAUCUGAAGGAGAAAAGACAUGUGAUCGAGGCCAAGAAGCUAAAGAAGAGGUUGGAGGAUACUAAGCUGAGGUUAGCCCAAGCUGAGAGAGACACAUAUGUUGCAUAUGACCUUAAGAUGAAUGUGAUUCCUGUGAUUGAGAGUGAGCUCAAGAGACUCGAGAGUGUAGAAGUAAUUCUUCCUGUGAACAUUGCCGAGGUCAUAAGCAGAUGGACAGGAAUUCCUGUGAAGAGGUUAACCAUUAAAGAGAAUGAGAGGCUUAUGGAGAUGAGCUCUCGAAUAAAGAGACGGAUAUUUGGGCAGGGGCAUGCAGUGGAUUCGAUUGUAGAUUCUAUCUUGCAAUCCAGAGUGGGACUGAGCAGAGAGGAUAAGCCGAUUGGAGCUUUCCUUCUUCUUGGGCCUACAGGGGUUGGAAAGACAGAGCUUGCCAAGGCAGUUGCAAUGGAGUUGUUUGACGACGAGAAGAACAUGCUUGUGCUUGAUAUGAGCGACUAUGGAAAUGAAAUGAGUAUAACCAAGCUAAUUGGAGCAUCUGCAGGAUAUGUAGGAUACAAUGAAGGAGGAGCUCUCACAGAGCCCAUCAAGAACAAGCCCUACAACGUGAUUUUAUUGGACGAGGUGGACUUGGCACACCAAACAGUUCUGAAUGUGCUAUACCAGCUCUUGGACGAGGGACGUGUUACGGAUGGAAAAGGGACGGUUGUGGACUUCAGGAACUGUGUACUGAUUAUGACCUCCAACCUAGGCCAAGAAAUAAUGAUGAGGUCUCCAGAGCUUAGAGAUGAAGACAGAAAAGAAAUUGAAAGAUUGGUGCUGAACCGGUUUGGGCCACCUCUUGUCAAUCGCAUUGACAAUGUGAUAUACUUCAAUAAUCUUGAUAGAGAAAGCAUGUACAAGAUUCUUGAGUAUCAGAUGGGUCAGCUGAGGAAGAAGCUGGACGAGAAGGGGAUAUCGUUUGAGAUCUCGGAUAGAGUGAAGGACGAUGUGAUUGAAAAGGCAUAUUCCUCGACAUACGGGGCUCGGCUGUUGAAACGAUUUAUUCAGUCGAACUUUGUGCAUGCAUUAACAAAGAUUCUUCUGAUGAGGGAGACCGAGGACCCCAUCAGGGUAAGAUGCAGCCAUGUCUCCGAGGAGGGGGAAGGAGUCCGAAUUUCCGACUAUGUCUAUUCUGUAAGGCCCCAAUGA